AUGAGCGGAAAUCGAACCAAACAGAAAGUUGUUUAUGUUUUGGUUGGUUCGUGUACGUAUUUACAUUUCAAGUGUGAAUAUAUAUUUAAUUAGUUGAACUUUGUGAAAUUAGUCAUUACAUUAUAAUCGUGGUAGUGUAAAACUGGGCUAGACUUUAGUUAACCGACGGUCUCCGAUGGGGUUAUAUCAAACUCGACCACUCCAAUUCGACGUUUCGAAGAAAGCAUUUUGCUGCCAUUUUCCGAAGAAAGGUGUUUAUGCAAUAAUGUGCACCAACCCCAAUUGCCCUAACAAGUAUGUUGGACCCAUCUACAUUGGUCAAGGUGGAGAAGGGAAAGCAACAAUACAGUCUAGGAUGGACGGUCAUAUUCGUCGAUUUGAUAGCCCGGAUGCUGCGGGAAUCGAUGGUCACUUUGUUGGUGCAUGCAAAACAUUCAUGCGUUUUGUGUUUAUGAAACAAAUCAGUGAUUUACAAAAUCGCAAAAUAAAAGAGACGCAGUACAUGCAUAGGUUCGGGACAUUAGAUCGACUAAGGGGAAUGAAUGGGCAUGUCAGUGUCUCCUCAUUGCCAUCUCAAACUAUUGCAGCAGAACGUGGAGAAUGUGUUUCGGUUCGACAGACUCAUAAGCUAGUGAUGUCACGAAAAAACCGGAAGGGUACACAAAAAGUUCCAACUGUACACUUUCAGACACUAGUUGCUGCAUGUAUAAAGGCAAAUGAUCUAACGUCAGUUACCAUUAUUGAUAUAGUUGACUUUAUUCAGACCAAUUAUCCUCACUACUAUUCAAAAUCAACAAACGUGCAGAACUCAUUUUCUAAUCGUCUGAGAGAGAAUAUCAAUGGAAGAGUGAAAGAGACGAGUUCCUACUAUUCGAAUUGGUUCGAUUCGUUGGAAAAAGACAAGGAUUGUAAGAAACCUUCGAGAUAUGUAUUGAAGAACGACAACUUUGAUGAAAAAAUAUACGAAGAGGGAUUAAAGGCUCUGGAUGAUUUUGAAAAAUCAGAACAAGAAAGGGACUCAGCAUCAUCAUCUACAACACCCUCACCUAGACCUGUCCGACCAACUUAUGUUGCUGACAGCGAUCCUGACUCAGACUGAUUGCCAUUUUAAAUACCUAAUACCUUACAAACAUGAUGAAACCUAAUUUUAGUUCUUAUGAUGUCAUUAUGUCUGAUUUGUAAGUGCUUGAUAACAUUUGAUUUGUAUAUAUGAAUUAAAGUUCUGUAUUAUUAAA